AUGGAGCAGAUAAAGGCGAGCAUAGCUGCGGAGAAAAAUAAGCCAAAGAAGGAAAUAAAAUCUCGGCUAGCUCCGUUAUUGGCAGCUCCGGUUCCGAGGAAGAUGACAGAGAACACACCAACAGGUAGGUUAAUCGUACUUUUCAACUUCACAUUUUACAUAUUUUAA